AUGCGGAGUCGUCUUGGCGUCAUCAUUUUCGUUGUGAGGAGAAGCGAUGCUGAAAAGGAAGAGAUUGAAGAGGUUGAGGAGGAGGAGGAGGAGGAGGAGGAGGAGGAGGAGGAGGAGGAGGAGGAGGAGGAGGAGGAGGAGGAGGAGGAGGAGGAGGAGGAGGAGGAGGAGGAGGAGGAGGAGGAGGAGGAGGAGGAGGAGGAGGAGGAGUACAAAGAGGGGGAGGAGGGGGGAGAGGAGGAGAAGUAG